AUGAUUAAGUCAUUUGCUGUUUUUCUACUCAUUGUUUGCGUAUUUGCUACUCUGACAGUCAUCAGUGAAGCUUGUGGUGGACAUGAUAGUGCUUGCGUUGGUACAAAUGGACACCAAGGAAGUUGUUGUCGCGGAAUGCAUUGCCAAAAGAACGAUCCUACAUGGGCUUAUGGACGCUGUUACUACAAUCCUGGCAAAAAGUGA